GGUACCUCGUGGAGAAGACGGGGGAGGGGAGCGGCGCGAUUUCCUUGCUGAGCAAUAAGCCUAGGGUCCUGACCUCGUGGCCAGGGCCCGCGACUCCGCCCCGGGAGAAGGCAGGGGCGGGGCGAGCGCUCCAGCUGGCGGGAAGGAGGAAGUGCCGAGCGCCGCGCUGAGGCGGGCGCCUACCAGCCGGCAGCUCCGGAGCGGCCUGCGCCAUGUCCGCGCACAGUCGGGGCACCGAGCUCGACCUUAGCUGGAUCUCCAAAAUACAAGUGAAUCACCCGGCAGUUCUGAGGCGUGCGGAACAAAUCCAGGCUCGCAGAACCGUGAAAAAGGAGUGGCAGGCUGCUUGGCUCCUGAAAGCUGUUACCUUUAUAGAUCUUACUACACUUUCAGGUGAUGAUACAUCUUCCAACAUUCAAAGGCUCUGUUAUAAAGCCAAAUACCCAAUCCGGGAAGAUCUCUUAAAAGCUUUAAAUAUGCAUGAUAAAGGCAUUACUACAGCCGCCGUUUGUGUUUAUCCCGCCCGGGUGUGUGAUGCUGUAAAAGCACUCAAGGCUGCAGGCUGUAAUAUCCCUGUGGCAUCAGUGGCCACUGGAUUUCCAGCUGGACAGACUCAUUUGAAGACACGAUUAGAAGAGAUCAGAUUGGCUGUGGAAGAUGGAGCUACAGAAAUCGACGUAGUAAUUAACAGAAGCUUGGUGCUGACAGGCCAGUGGGAAGCCCUGUAUGAUGAGAUUCGUCAGUUUCGCAAGGCCUGUGGGGAGGCUCAUCUUAAAACUAUAUUAGCGACAGGAGAACUUGGAUCUCUUACUAAUGUCUAUAAAGCCAGUAUGAUAGCAAUGAUGGCAGGAUCCGAUUUUAUUAAGACCUCUACUGGAAAAGAAACAGUAAAUGCCACCUUCCCAGUAGCGAUAGUAAUGCUACGGGCCAUUAGAGAUUUUUUCUGGAAAACUGGAAACAAGAUAGGGUUUAAACCAGCAGGAGGCAUCCGCAGUGCAAAGGAUUCCCUUGCUUGGCUCUCUCUUGUAAAGGAGGAGCUUGGAGAUGAGUGGCUGAAGCCAGAACUCUUUCGAAUAGGUGCCAGUACUCUGCUUUCGGACAUUGAGAGGCAGAUUUACCAUCAUGUGACUGGAAGAUAUGCAGCUUAUCAUGAUCUUCCAAUGUCUUAAAUUAGUCACCAGUUCCAGAAAAGUUCUUUAUGACAACGUUUAAAAAUUAUUUUUCCACAUAAUUGCUAAAAUUAUUUAAUUAAAAAUUGGGCAAUAGGUACCUGGCAUUCCUCUCUUUAAAAUUUCUACCAAACUUAAAGAAUGGAAUGGAAAAAGCAAACUCAUCCACAUGUGGUACUCAUUUCAGGCACAUCUGAAAUAACUACUAGAAGAUCUGCACUAUUAACUUUGUGAAGAGUUUCUCCUAAAAACUUUAAGUAAAAUGUUAAUGGUAGCUUUGAUAACAUCAAAUUCUAAGGGAGAAAAAAACAAUAUUAAACUGCCCAAGCAAUGUGCCCUAGCAGAGGAAAAUGCAACAUCUCGCAAGUGCUGCUGUAACGACUUCAGGAGUCACUGAUUCAGCACUAAUUUCCUGCCGUGAAAACUCAUCUUUCAUUUUUGCCGUGGAUAUGUGCUUUUAUUAAUUGUUGUGCUAAUGAAAUUUCUGGCAUUGUGAUAUACAACUAUGAAUAUCAUUAAAAUUUUUAAAAUAAUAAA